AUGGAUACUCAUGAGACAAUCAGUGUAUAUGAUCAGCGUGCAGCCCACCUAUCGACAGAUACUAAGGCUGAACUGCAGAUAAUCAUAAAAGAUAGCAGUGGCGAUAAUCCUACGGUUAGACAACCUUCUAAAGGUCUAACAACAGCAGCUUCUGAUGCACUGCCAAGCCCACCAACUUGUACCCCUCAGUCGUCGUUGGUGUUGUCAUCCACAAUGACAGAGACGUCCAUGAACUCAAAAGUCUUGAGCUAUGACUAUGCUAGUAUCAGUCCGUUUGAAAAGAAUAAAGAUAUUGGUCAGUUUAAUGAAGGAUAA